AUGAAGAUAAAUGCAGGAAAAAAGAUAAAACUGAAGGAUUUAAGGAUUUGCCUAGAACGUCUAAAGCAAUAUCCGCUGAGAAGAAAAAGAUCGAGAAGUCCGGAGGAGAACCCAGCUGCAGCAGAAAAGAUAAAACUAAAAGAUUUAAGGAUUUGCCUAGAACGUCUCAAGCAAUAUCCAGUGAGAAGUAAAAGAUCAAGAAGUCCGGAGGAGAACCCAGCUGGAGGAAAACAGAAGGUUAGAGAGGACGCCAAAACAUCGCAGUACCUCGAUAUUAAAAAUUACAGCCUUAUUAAAGAACUAGGAGAAGGCAACUUCGGCAAGAAACCCAGUAAUAUUUAUUUCCUUCACACUCUUCUUUCCCAGGUGGUGUUGGCAUCAUAUAAAAUCAAGAACCAACUAACUGCAAUCAAGAUCAUUGAGAAGCAGCAAGAGGAAGAUUUCAAAUAUGUCAGACGAGAGGCAUCGGUUCUCCAGAUUGCUAGCGGAUGCCCAUUACUAUGCCGGGCAAUGGCAACAUUCCAAACUAAGUCGCUAAUCCUGCUAGCCCUGGAGUACGUCAGUGGCGGAACACUGGAGAACAUCAUCGAGGACCGAGGACGUCUGAGUGACAAGCAAGUGCUGUUUUAUGCUUCAGAAUUAGUGGUGGGUAUACAGUUCCUGCACAAGAACGGGAUCAUUCAUCGUGACCUCAAACCAGAGAACAUAUUGGUGGAUGAACAGGGCCAUGUGAAGAUCGGCGAUUUUGGCCUUGUUUGCACCGGUAUGUAUGGAGCAAACACACGGUGUGACUAUUACGGAACACCAGGAUACACGGCACCACAGGUUUUAUUAGAGGAGCCAUACGACGCUGGAGCUGACUGGUGGUCUUUCGGAGUCAUCUUGUAUGAAAUGGCCACCAAUAGGUUACCAUUCUCACCGAAGGGAAACUUGAAAAAACAGGUAGAAAGCAUUAUCAACAAAGAGCCUGAAUAUCUAGACUCCCUUUCUACCAAACUGCGUGACCUCAUAAAACAGCUCUUGAAGAAGAAGGCCAACCAACGCCUUGGGGUGAAUGGCAACAUCCGGGAUCACCCGUUUUUUUCCACUGUCGAUUGGUCAAAUGUGGAGGAAAGAAGAUUAAAGCCUCCUAUAAAACCAAGUCAUGAAUCAGCCACGGGGUUCAUCAAGAAAUACAUCCCAUUCCCGAAAGAGGACCCCAGCGAGACCCGUAUGCUCGAGGGGUUCAAUUACGUGGACCAGAGCUGGCUGGAGUAAUGAGUAGCUGUGCCGUCGGCAAGGUAAAAUUUAAAAUGGAGAUGAUAUUUCUAGGAACCAAUAGGUUAGAUUAGACUAUGGUUCUGAAAUCUCUAUUUCUUAAUGAACCUAAUGUGUAAGACUAGACCACCAAAGAAUAUGGCUUUGUACCCACUGUACAAAUGUAUCUUUUUCAGUCA